CAUAGUUCGCCCGUGAGGAGGAUGGUGAGCAUUUCCUAUUGAUGGAGAACGCAGUUCAGAAGGGUGCCAGUAUAUCGAGAACCGUACAAAAUAGGCAUGUUUAUUACAGUUUAGCUCAAGGCUAAGGUACAUUUUGGGGGAAGAUUGCCAAAACAGCACAGCAGCGGUUAUGUGCGUUUUCUUGGCGGAAAUAAAAGGUCAUUCACACAUUUCGUUGUAAAUUGCGUGCCUGUUCAUCCUCUGAAUACAGGGCCAAACAUCCUGGGUGGGGCCCCUGCCAUAACGUUAAAUCAAACUCGGAUGCUUGAAUUUGGCACUAUAACAGCAAAUAAGGGUCUAGUAUGAUGGAGGAGGCGCAUCCAGAACAAGAGGGUGUUUCUGGGGCACAGUCCCCAGUCACAUCGCUGCGUGGAUCAGAGGAGGAAGGGGGAUCCAGCACAAGGAGAAAGAAGAGAAAGAAAAAGGAGAUCAUCUACCGCUCUGAGGCAGAGUCUGCAUGUGAGGGGAGUUCAGUGAACGAUGGCGCCCUCAGCACUCCACCAGAGGAAGCUGAUUGGGAUGGUCCUGCAGACAGCCGUUUCGUGACGCUCACGGGAACAAUCACCCGUGGAAAGAGGAAGGGCCAGCUGGUGGACAUCCGCCUGGCGCUGACAGACCGUGAGCUCAGAGACAUGGCGCGCUCCAAGGAGCGUCUGGAUGCCGAGUGUGAGGCGGGCUCGUCUUUCAGGUGGGAGGCGUGCUCCGUGGGGGCUGGGCAGGGCCCGCAUGUGCUCCUCUGGAGCCUCUCUUGCUUCCCUGUCGUCUUCCUGCUGUCCUUCGUUAUCUCCUUCUACUACGGCACCCUUACCUGGUACAACAUCUUCCUCGUCUACAACGAGGAGCGCACGUUCUUGCACAAGAUCGUGGUGUGUCCGCUGCUGGUGCUGAGCUACCCAGUGCUGAUGACGGCGCUGUGCGCCUGCGUGGGGGCAUACGCUGCUGCCGCCCAGCUUUCCUGGAGCAUCGGCGAGUGGUGGCAGGCCAUGGCCGACCUGGAGAAAGGCGCAUGCGGCUGGGCCUGUGGCAAACUGGGCCUGGAGGACUGCGCCCCCUACAGCGUGGUGGAGCUGCUCGAUUCUGACACUCUGUCCGGGCCACUGCAGAGGAGACGGGCAGAGGAGCAGGAGCAGACCUCCUCUGUCUGAUGAGGUUCCAUGACUCUCUCCCAAUUGUAAUGCUGCUGUGUGGUGGUGGUGGUGGUGGUAGUACAUUAUCUCUUAUGGUGCUAUGAGUUAUUUUAAAUGGCAACAUAAACAUUUUACAUAUUUAUUAUAUCAUUCAUUUUUACCUUAUUCUUUUGUUCUCUAUUUGCUUGAAUGCCUAAAAGAGGUGCUUUUGCUCACUGACUGACUGACCGACUGACUCCUGGUUUUAGAAAGGUGCAUGUGCAAGACAUUCAAAGAGGAAAAUAGUAAGUACUGUAUAAGAUAAUAGUACACACAAUAAGUGGCUCUCAUUACAUAAUAAAUUGGUGCUGAAGAUAACUAUAAAUACCUUGUUGCUUAUAAAAAAAAAGAUUAUUAUUAUCAUUAAUCGUAGAAUGUACUUAAACAGACUGAUUACUUCAGAGAAUAAGUUUUUCUAAUGUCAACUAUGUGUUGAAUGUUUUUAGCAACAUCCAAAAAUGUUUAGUAGGAACUUGGAUAAACAUUUUUAGCCUUCUAGUUUGCCAUGUGGAAAUUAUUUAUAGCAUUAUUAAUCCAGCUAAUGAGUUGUUCCACUUUGUCCAGGAUUAAAACAUCGGCUCAAAUCUGAUGCAUUUUGAAAGACUCACGACACGACUUUUGCUUAACUGACUCAUGACUUAAGACUUGUGAAAUUUAAGUGUGGAGAAAAACCAAUGAUCUAACUGAUCAUUUGAUUAAAACUUCUUUUUUAUAAUCAAAUCUCACACAAUUGUCUGGCCUGUCAGUCCUGAGAUGUUCACAUUCAUUAUUAAGUUUAAGUAUUUUUAUUUUGCAGCGCUCAAGCUAAUUUCAACAUGGGUACAAAAAUUUGUGUAGUCUCAUUAUUUAUAGUAUAGGGGACUUGAGACUUGACUCCGACUCUUAUCCAGAGACUCAAGACUUGAUUCAGACUCAUACAAAGUGACUCAUGAACAUCUCUGGAAUGAACAUCUCUGUGCCUCCACUGUGUAAUACACAUAGCUAGAACUACAUAUGCAAGGGGCUUUAUUUUUACUAUUUGCUGUUAAGUGUCACACUAACAGUCACUAAUGCACAAAUUAUCAAGCCUCUAGGGGCCAAAUCACUUUCUCAGCACCAAGAUAUCAUGCCAUCACAGCCUUCCUUACAUACGAGAUGUGGCUUUAUCCAAGUUAGAUGUCAUACUGUUGACACUUGAGUGGAAAAUAUGUAUUGUAUGGAAAUCUGGCAAAACUUUUUUUGGUUUUUUGGUUUUUUGUGGCUGGCAGUAGUAUGGAAUGAAAAUUGUACAGCCACAAUUUGAAUCUGAAUUUUGUACUUUUAUUUAAUGAAAAUUUUACAUUUUUGAAUUUCUGUGUCAAGUUUGAAUUUGACAAAAUUACAUUUGUACGCCACAAUUUAAAUUUGUAUGUAAGUUUUUAUAUAAGGUUUAAAAAACUAAAUUCAAUGAAAAGUGUCAGAAGUAGGCCUAUCUAUAUUCCAUGUACCGACAAUUCAACGGUGUCAGAACUAGACCUCUCUGUAUUCCAUCUACCGACAAUUCAGAAAAUAUAUAAAUAUAAGCGGCUAAAGGAGCGUCAGGAGGUAUGAAUGAACCAAGAACAUCAGAAAAUACAGAAAAUAUAUUAAACCAAGAUGGGGUAAAACCAAAGCACAUAGGCCAUGUGCCAUCUGCCAUUUCUUUAAUAUCUGUUUUCUUCUUUGCAUGGUAAAGUUUUACAGUUUGUCUGAAUCGCUAAAACACUUAAACCCUUAAACCCACUUUCUAAACAAAAAUGUCAACUGUCAAAACAACUUUAUUGAAUCAGCCACAAAGUUGGCAAAACUUUAAACACUGCAUGUGGUUAGAGACCAAUUUGCUAGUCUGAAUAAUCCAUUUUGCAAAACUUUAAACACAUUCUCCUUCACAAAACGCAAUUUAGCAGUGUACUUUGACCUGGGCCACAACACAAUCAACACAUUUUUGUAAUUGUGAACACACCACCGCUCAAAAUUGAGCGCGUGUCCAGUCAGUGAUGUGCUGAACCCAGUAUCAGUAAACAGCAUACACAGUAAACCCAGUGGUGGAUGAGGAGGAAGAGAAGAAGGAUGUAGACAACGACAAAGAAGAAAUCAGAGCAACAAUCAUAGACCAUGUUCUGCUUCAUGGAAUGAGCAACCUAAUUUACGUAAGUAGGUUCUCAAGGACCUCCAUAGUCAGGACAUUCAGAGAAGAAAAGAGAUAAAAUUCCUGUAAUCUUUGGUCCCUGAAGGUUUCAUUACAGCAUUCAGUAAGAUGUCUCAGUAAAUCACUCCACCAAAACUCUAGAAAGUGAAAAGUAUUACGGUAUGCACACUUCUAAAGAAAAAAACUUUUUGUCGAAUGGAAGGUUUUUGGGAGUGGAAGGACACAUUCUCACAACAGGAACAUUGUUGAUAUGGUCCUUCAAAAUAAUACGAUUCGAUUGCAUGAGACACAACAAUGAGUUGUUGAAAACAAUGUGAAUCUACAGCACUACCACACACAUUUUUACUGUGUUGUAUGUAACGCAGCACAUGUAUACAGAGACAUGAAGCCUGGCAUGCUAUAUAAUUUACAAAACUAGUCUUACAGUUGUCCAUUUUCCCUGUGUAAAGAGAAUGUUUGAAUUGGUCUACAUGAAGAGGAGAAGGAGAGGUCAUAACAUCAUUGGUAAAUGUACCAUUGUAGAGGUGCCUGGGCAGCAAGGUAGCAAUGUGACAGCAACUAUAAGCAACUAUGGCUUUCUCCACCACCAUGUGCCUUUAGGGCUAUACAAUACUGACCAUCUCAUAACAUCAUCGAUAAUCUACAGUCAUGAGCAGGCAGAACAUCCUGCGUAGGUUGUAAUCUGAGACAAUGUGAGCUUUCAUCGUGAAUGAUUUACAAAUGACCCAUGUUUUAUAAAUGUGCGCCUCUCACCAUCGCAGCAUGGUGGUGGAAGGUGUAUGACCAUAAAAUCUAUUCCAGCCAAUGGAUGCAGCAUGUAACAAUACAGGAGUGGAAUUUAUUCAAGGCUGGUUUUGGCAUGCUGAAGGAUUCUUUCCUCGUUGCUUAGCGAUGGAGAGGAUUGUCUGUGAAGUAGAUGAAGUCCUGUGGCCUGACCCCACCCACAGGCACGUUGCUGAGGCAGAAUGAAUGAUUGACACAUUGCUUACUGUAAACAUAGAGCUUUUUUGUUGCAUAUUUUCUUCUUUAGAAGUUUUGAUAAGUGCAGAAAUGUGUACGUGGUCUAUGGUAAAUAAAGAUGAUUUUCUCCUUCUAUGUCAAGAGUGCAGUGCAAGUCACAUCAAAGGUUUUGAGAGUGUAGCUUGAAUUUAGGGGCUUGUGUUUACUGUUUUGAGAAAAAGAGAGGAAAUUUCAGGAAGUGUGUUUUAGCAAUUCACUUAAACUGUAACUUGCAUUUGUCAUUGCAGUGAUGAAUUGUUUUCACAAUGGUUUUAGGAAGUGUUCUGAGCCCAUGCAGUCAUUUCUACUACAGAAUCGGAGCCGUUUUAAUGCAGUGCCAUCUGAGGGCCAUCAAGUACAGACCACAGUCAUCCAGCACUGAUCACAGCCACCCAAUACCAACCACGGCCACCCAACACCGACCACCGCCACCCAAUACUGGUUUUUGGCUUUGAUUUAUACACAAUCAUGUUACUGGCCUGUUGCCAAUUAACCUAUUAAUUGUGAACAUGUGUUUGAAUUUCAGCAUUUUACAUCUUUUCAAGUCUUUUGUGGCCCCUAUCCCAACUUCUUUGAAUCAUAUAUGUAAAAAUUUUCAUUUGAAAUGUUCAACAAAAUGUGUACAAUGAUUCAACAAUUGGCAGAUUGUCUACAUACUAGUUUCAAUUAAAA